CCUAUCGGCUGUAGUGAGACUCGUUCAUCCAAAUCCAAGGAACUCGAGCUCCGUUGUGUUGUCCACGGCAACCGACUCACAUUAUCGCCGUCAUUAUUGUUUAUCAACAAGGGAAUCGUGGAUUUUAACGGGUCUCUCUGCAGCAAUGUCGAAACUAAAGCUUAUAUCUGCAGAGGACACUCAGUACCCAGCAUCAUUGUUGAAGUCCAUCAGUGAGCAGCGAAACAAUGGUUUAUUCUGCGAUGUCACAAUAAUCGUCCAAGAUCGCAAGUUCAAGGCACACAAAACGGUGCUGUCAGCCUCGAGCAACUAUUUUCGCCAACUCUUCUCUGUUGCCGGACAAGUCAUAGAGCUGAACUUCAUCAAGGCGGACAUAUUUGAGGAGAUCUUGAAUUACAUAUACACCUCGAAAAUCUUCAGAGUUCGAUCUGACAAACUUGAGGAUCUCAUCAGCGCUGGGCAGAUUUUGGGUGUGAAGUUCAUAGCCAAUCUAGGAGUUCCACUUUCACAAGUCAAGGGAUUACCUGGAUUGUCCAAAGAUGGCGACAACAGCAAUGUUAAUUCUUCAGGGAGAAGUGAGUCUGGAGCAGCAGAGCCACACAUGCCAAUCAUUACCGAGUCAUUCUCACUAUCUGCUGAAGAGUUUUACAUGGGAGGCAGUGGUGUGGAGAAGGAAAUAGACUCGGACAACGAUGACAUUGUUUUUGUAUCGAAAACCGAGGCUCCGCAAGCUCAGAAGACUAAGAUAUCUGGAAUGAACAACACGGAGUCAGAGGGAGGGCCGCAGGCCAAAAAACAAAAAGUCACGAAUGAGGAAACGACCGUCUCUAAAGCAUCAACAGGGCAUGAGGGAAAGGACAGCACCUCUUCUGUGUGUAGAAAUCUUCCAGUCCAAAACACUCUUCCAGGUCCUGUGAUACCCAUUGAAACCGGCAGUAGUAUUCUCACUUCACCUGUAAGAGCUAAUUCAGAUAUUGAGCCCACCACGCCGACCCUCAUUAACAGUCCGAUUCCAGAUGCUAACUGCACCUCUCCGUCUCUCGAAAACAAUGACGUGGUUGUUGUUCAUAAAAAGAAAGUUCUUCCGGAUCAUUCAGGAAAAAUCAAACUGUCAGAUGUGAGGCAAAUCUGUAACACCAAUAAUGGACCAGGAGGUAAAAUAAAUACCAGCCCGGCAGCGGUUUCUGCAAAAAAGACAAUAACGUUAGACAAAGCCUCGGAAAUUGAUUCAUUAUCGCCGGGCUGUAAAGUGUAUGCCAAUAUAGGCGAAGACACCUAUGACAUUGUUCCCGUAAAGGACGACCCAGGGGAGGGAGUCGCCCCUGGGAGAAAAUCACAAAUGCCACUCGGAGCAGACAGCAUGAUCAAUUACUCACCCAAAGGAAAGCGAAAGAUUAAACAGGACCAGGAGGAUCACUAUGAACUCGUAAUGGACGGAAAAACAUUUUUCGUGUGCGUCGUCUGUAAACGUCCCUACGUGUGCCUAACAAGUCUGAGGCGUCACUUUAACACCCACUCGUGGGAGAGAAAGUAUCCGUGCCAUUACUGCAACAAGGUUUUUGCUCUGGCCGAAUACAGAACGAAACACGAAAUCACUCACACGGGGGAAAGACGGUACCAGUGUUUACUGUGCAACGAAACGUUUCUCAAUUAUCAGAUUUUGUCGAAUCACUGCAAGCAAAUUCACAACCAAGCCCCUUCAGGAAGAAAAGAGAAAGAUGACUCCUGCAACAAUUUGUACCGUCUUCUGCCUUGUAAAACAUUGCAGCUGAAAUCAUAUUCCUUUGUCUCUGAGGAUUCAGAGGGAAUGCCAUUGAUCAUGGAUGACGGAACCGUUCAACAUGGUAUCCCAGAUGAAAAGCACUUCACAAACCAAGCACCCUCAUCUCCCCAAAACAAAACGCUGACCUGGGAUGACAUUUUUGCAGAGUCUGAGUCACAAACCAGACCUCCUCCGGCUGCUGAUGUUCAAGUUGAACCGCCUCCACGACCCGCAAACCAAAUUAGCAGUGAAAGCACAACAGAAUUUGAGUUUGUAAUACCAGAGACUUACUGAGCGAGGAUGUGCACUCUUCUGGCUUAGGUGCCUUGUGUUCUUUGUGGGCCUUUAAUGUGAGGAUGUUUAAGGUUUUUUGGACCAGUUUAUUGAUCUAAACUCCAGUAUCAGUUCAUACAUCAAAUUGUUUGUGCUUUUUGUUUGUAUAUUUAGAAUCACAUAUUAGCAUUGGUUUACGGUUCACAGCUCAUCAUUGAAUCCCGGUAAUGCCUUGUUAGAUUAGGUAGAUAGAUAUAUAUGUUAUGUACAGUUCUUGUACAUUAGACCUAAAAUUUGAGCUGACAUUUCUUCAUUUCUUAAUGCUUUUUCUGUUUUGUUUUAAGGACAGCACCAGUGUGUUGGAUGUCAUUUGUGGGGAUCAAUUACAGACUGUUGCAGGAUUUUUUUUUACAUUCAUGGAACUAUAAUGUACAAAUGAUUUUUUUGAGAGUGUUACAAAUAAUGAGCCCAUGUCCAAAAGAGAAAGUGAUGUACCCAAGUCAACAUACUAACUACAUUAUUUCUUUCAUUUUUAGUACUUGGUGCAGUUAUUAAAGGGACAUUCUGUCGUCAUUUACUCACCCUCAUGUUGUUCUAAACAGAGACUUAACCAGAAAAGAAGAUACUUUUAUAAAUUAUGAUUACCAUACAGUUGACAGUACUCAGUAGCCCCUUUUACACUGUAAUUUAGGUAAAUUACCAUGAAUGUACGAGUAAAUACAAAAAAUGUGCUGUUCACACACGCAGUGAAGUUACGUCUUUUUACCAGUAAGAUAUCAUUCACACAUCAGUAUCAAAAUACCGGUAAACUCGGAGAAAAGCGGAAGUUACCUGUGGCGCGCGACGAGCUCAAUGUUGUAUUGGUAAACAAUGGGGGGUGAUGACUUCAUAUCCACAGUUUGUAUUUAGUUUUUUCACAUCUGUGGCAAACGCUGACGGUCGCGAAGUUGCUCGUCCAAACAAAACAACAUUGCAUUAGGCGACGUCAAACGAAACCUGCGUCUUAAACAACAGUACAUUUUGCGCAUUAGGCUUCACAGAGGGUGUUCUUAGAUCGUCGGCAAUUCGGCAAAUGGAUGAUAAGCGAUUUUAAACGACUUUGGUUAAGAAAUGUGGAUGUUAACUUCAGGUGUGCUCGACGUUUAAGCAGCCUGUGUGUGGAAACGUCAGUGCGCGGGUAAACGCGUCAUCUGUAUUAAAGCGUAAUAUGAUUGGUCCGAAGCUGUGGGUCCGUUAUAAAUGCUGGUAACGUUAAUCUAUAUUUUUGUGUUCACACAUAGCGCUUACCGGUUAAUUACUUAACAUUACUGGUAAUCUUACAACCUUGGUUAUUAAGUUUUUUUAGACUUUUAUCUGUAUUUGUGUUCAGCAGAACAAAGACUUUUAUACAGGUUUAGAACAACUUGAAAGUAAGUAAUUGACAGAAUAUUAAUUUAUCUGUGAACUUUCCCUUUAAUGAUUGUUUGGCACUAGAUUCAUAAGUGUACAUGGCAGGUUCUGAUCCCGCUAUGAGUAUGAGCUAUAAAUAUGAGUUUGAAUGUUUGUAUUUAUAGUUUGGUAUCACGUUUUAAGAAGGAUGGAGUAAAUAUGUAAAUUUUUUUAGUUACCAUCAAUUAUGUUUUUAACAUUGUGAAGGUUUAUUUAUAUGCUGGCCAUAUAUCCACACUAAGUUUCUACCUACAGCAUAAACACGAGGAUCUAUCGAUGUGUGGAGAGGAAUAUGUCCAAGUUAAUUUUCAGGGGUUCAUAUUUGUAAUUCAGAGGACCUCCCUAUUACAAUUUAUUAUUUUGUAAAUACAGUAUAUUUUAUUUUUUCAGAAUAGUGGUGUCGCUUAAUAUGUUAGGAUUUGUAGGCUGGGGGAAGAAUCUGUAAGUACAAUAAGAUUCCUUCAGUUUGUCAGAAUGCAGAUGUUUUAACAUCAUAAUCGUGUACAUAAUAAUACUAAAGACAUUCAUCUUAACAGUUUCUUCCUUUUUUAAAAAACCUAUUUAUUAUUAGGUCAA